UAUAAUCUGUGCUCAAGGUUUAUAAAUUAUAAUAUAUAAGCCUUGCUGCGCGCCUUACAGUCAGUUUUCCAAGCUGUAAUGGGUAGACCUUAUAUCACAGAUAAUGUAUCUAUAUUGCAAAUGAGACAAUAGAUAUAAAAAAAUCAGGAAUUAUGUUUAUGAAUAAGACGCUCAUAUUUUUUCAGUUAUAUUGUGCCAUCUAUCGGUUUGAAAAGAAGCAACGUUUUACACUAUGUUUUGUGAGGGUUAAAUUAUGUCUUACAGCCAAAGGUUUUCAAUUGAUGAUGCUUUUGAAGAGGAACUGAUGGAUGAUAUAAAAGUUUAUGGGUCCAGUUUAGGGAAUUCUCCAUUACAAUCACCAGGCCAAUCCAAACUAACAAAAUAUGGUGGUACUGGUCAUGAAUCAGUUACAAGAACAAAAAAAUUUGAAGAAACACAGUCUCGAGACAGUGAUUCAUUAAUUUAUAAUUCAACGGCAUAUUCUAAUAAUAAGAACUGGUGUUGGCACCAUCCUCAAGUACGAGAAAACUGGCGUGUUGUUCUAGCUGCGGUAUUUUUGCUUAUUAUUGGAACUGCUUUAUUAUCUUUGGCUAUAAUUGUGCAAUUGACUCCUAAUACUGACUAUCAUCCAAUAGUGUUUUUCAUUGCUGGUUUCAUUUGUUUCAUACCUGGAGCAUAUCAUGUUAUAUACAUUUAUUUAGCUGCUAGAGGAUAUCCAGGUUACAGUUUUUAUAACUUGUCUUUAUUUAACUAAUUGUGAAAAAUUGAUAAAAAAUAAAUGUAAUUUAUAAUCAGUGAA